AAUGGUUCACUGAUUUUAUCACCACGUGUUCCCAAAUACGCAGCUGUGUACGUUCAUGUGCAUGCUUAAGAAUACAAAUCUUAAUUUUUCGUGGUACCUUAGAUUUAUUAUAUUCGUAUUUUCUUUAAUGCGUUACAUUGAUUCAUUUUAUAUAAUUUAAUAAAAAUGUUUCGAAAAGUUAUUUCGCAAGUAGUUCAAAAUAUCCGAAUAAAUAACAGUAAAUUUUAUUGUACUGUUAAUGUGGAAGAUAUGAAAUUAGAGAAAACUCUAAAUCGAGUUACUCUAUUAGGAAGAGUAGGAGGUAAUCCACAACAAAGAGGUAGUGAAGAACAUCCUGUUGUUCUUUUUUCUGUUGCUACACAUAGUAACUACAAAAAUAUGAAUGGAGAUUUGGUGCAACGUACAGACUGGCAUAAGAUAUGCGUAUUUAAACCAAAUUUGCGCGAAACUGUUUUCACAUAUUUACAGAAAGGUCAAAGGGUACUAGUCUCAGGAAAAAUAACCUACGGAGAGUUUAAAGAUGAAGAAGGUACUACAAAAACAAGUACCUCUGUGAUAGCAGAUGAUGUGAUAUUUUUCCAAUUAUAAAAUGUAUUGUGUGAGAGUUUUUCUUUUUAAUAAAAUGUAAACAAAAU